UCUAGUUGACAUUAAAUGCGGCAACAUACCGGUGCAUUUUAAGAAUGUGCAAGUGUGUGCAACAAAGACUAUAAAUUUAACAGCGUCCUGAAAUUUCACAUAUUCAAUCCGGCCUCGGCGAUUGGAGCCGCAACAAUGACAACGUUCAGCCCGUCAGGACGGACCUAAUAUAAAACGGCACUCAAAGGGAAACGUAAAUAAUCGUCGUCGCAGUGACAUUGUUAAGGUCUGCGGCAGUUGUGCGUGAGUGUGUGUGCGCGCGCGCGUGUGAGCGUCCGCCAUGGCGUCGGUGAGCCUGGAGAACCAGCUGCAGAGCGCUCAGAAGAACCUGCUCUUCCUGCAGCAGGACCACGCGAACACGCUGAAGGGCCUGCAUGCGGAGAUCCGCCGGCUGCAGCAGCACUGCACAGAUCUGACCUACGAGCUGACAGUGAGGAGCUCUGAUGCAACAGACGGCAGCGAGGCCCGUUGCAGGGAGCUGCGCAGGAGGUGCGAGGAGCUAGAGGAGCAGCUGAAGGCCAAGGAGGAGGAGAACGCGGAGCUCCUGCGGGAGCUGGAGCAGAAGAACGCCAUGAUCUCGGUGCUGGAGAACACCAUCAAGGAACGGGAGAAGAAGUACCUGGAGGAGCUGAAGAUGAAGAGCCACAAGCUGGCGGUGCUGUCGGGCGAGCUGGAGCAGCGGGCCAGCACCAUCGCCUACCUCACCUCCCAGCUGCACGCCACCAAGAAGCGUCUGCUGGCGGGCAGCUCGUCGGAGGCCAGCCCCAACGUCAGCCCCGUCAGCUCCUACAAGCCCUCGCCGCCACCACCGCCCCCGCCCAAGGAGCGGCAGCCGGAGACGCCGCGCCGGCGCAUGAAGAAGAGCCUGUCCCAGCCGCUGCACUCGGAGUACGCCGAGCUGUACCGGCUGGGCGCCGACGGGCGGCGGCUGGUUCUGCGUGAGACGGUGGACGCCAUGCCCGACCCCACGCCCUUCCUGCAGGCCCGCGAGUCCCCCGAGGCGCAGCUGCUGAGGGAGAGGCCGGCCGUCAUCCCGCCGAUUGCCUGCGAGCGCGCCCAGGCCCCGGCCCCGCCCCCCGCCGCUGCAGGCCCCGCCUCCUCCUCCGCCAGCCCCCGCCACAGCCCCGCCCGCGACCGGGACCGGCAGCACCGGACCCACGUGGGCGUGGCCCACCGCAUCCACCACGCCGCCCCACCCCCGCCACCGCCCCCGCAGCCCGAGCUCGAGACGCUGGCCGUCGACCAGGUGAACGGCGGGAAGGUGGUGAGGAAGCGCUCAGGCGCGGACAGAACAGUGUGACGGGCCCCAGCGCACGCCGCCGCGAGGCCCCUCCCCCGCACCGCCCCCCGCGCGCGCCAGAGCUCGGCCUCUAACAAGCUGCUUUAUAUGCAACACUCCGCGACGAGCGAAGGAAGAAGAAACACACACGAAAAAGGACAAAAAAAAAAGACACUUUUGUUCACGUUCCUCCUUAAAGACUUUUUUUUUCCUGUGUAGAAAAGGACCAAGCAUGCCAAAUCCCUUUAUGUUUGGUCACCGAUGUGACUUAUUCAUGCCGCUUUCUUGUUUUGUUCUGUUUUUAACCAGACUCUAAUUGAACAUGGUGCAAAAACAAAAAAAAAUCACAGCCAAAUACCUGCGUUAUUGCCUGCUGUUUUGAUGCCCUCUGGUUACAUGCACAUACUCAUGAAUACCACAGAGGAAUCAUAUCUCCAUACUUCAUUCAGCAGUGGACUGCUCAACAGCACACUCAUAUAACUAUCGACAAGCUUUAUGUAGGAACUUACAGCAACAUGUUAAACAAGUGUUUACCAACUAAACAGAUUCUUCCUGAAUGUUAUUUUUUCCCUCUCUCUCUCUUUCUGCCUGUGAUCUGAAUGCUUAUACUGUAAGACGGGAUCCCAGAUCUGUGAAUAAUUUAACUGAUUAGAGACAAAGCCUACCCAGAGGCUGCUGCAGGGUUUGCGUGAGUGAGUGCGUGUGUGAGUGUGUGCGUGUGCACGAAUGCAUUGCGUGCAUGUGAGCCU